UCCCUGAUCACGAGGUGGACGUGCCAUCAUCUCACGCAGCUGGCCACCGGCAAGGAAACCCGCUCCGCUGGGAGACACUUCUAAGCGGACGCCAGCGGCUUGCGAAUUCCGCCUGGAAAAGGGGCCCGCGAGCGAGAACGUUGAUUCGACCGUGAAACUUCAUAGGAGGGAAAAUGGAUAGUGGCACAGAUCCACCUGAGAGUGAUUCACUUGAAUAUGGUGAACCUAAACAUAAGUAUAUGAAGGGAGAUGAUGGUUCACCCAAAGAAGUGUAUGUUCCUGUUGACGAGAAACCCAAAGAAGUCAUAGUUCCUAUUCAAAAUGAGCCCGAAGAAGUCAGUGCUCCCAUUGAAGAAAAACCCGAAGAAGUCAGUGCUCCCAUUGACGAAAAACCCGAAGAAGUAAGUGCUCCUAUGGAAGAUGUGCCUGAAGAAGCCAAUGCUCCUGUUGAAGAUAAGCCUGAAGAAGCCAAUGCUCCUAUUGAAAAUGAGCCCAAAGAAGCCGAUGCUCCUAUUGAAAAUGAGCCCAAAGAAGCCAAUGCUCCUAUUGAAAAUGAGCCCGAAGAAGCCAAUGCUCCUAUUGAAAAUGAGGCCGAAGAAGCCAAUGCUCCUAUUGAAAAUGAGCCCGAAGAAGCCAAUGCUCCUAUUGAAAAUGAGCCCGAAGAAGCCAAUGCUCCUAUUGAAAAUGAGCCCGAAGAAGCUCUUAUUGAACUGGAAUCCGACGAAGAUGAUUCUCCUAUUGAAGUGGAAUCUGGAGAAGACGAUACUCCUGUUGAAGAGGAAUCAGAAGGAAAUGAUGCUUCUACUGAAAAGGAAUCCGAAGAAGAUGGUGUUCGUACUGAAGAGGAAACCGAAGAGGAUGAUACUCCUACUGAAGCGGAACUCGAAGAAGAUGAUGGUCCUACUGAAGAGGAAUCCAAUGAAGACAAUACUACUAUUGAAGAGGAAUCUGAAGAAGAUGAUACUUCUUCUGAAGAGGAAACUGAAAAAGAUGAUGAUGAUGAUAAUGAUGAUGAUGAUGAUGAUGAUGAUGAUGAUGAUGAUGAUGAUGAAGAGGGAUCCGAUGAUGAUGAUACUCCUGCUGAGGAGGAAUCCAACGAAGAUGAUACUACCGUUGAAGAGGAACCCAAGGAGGAGCACGAGUUGAUUGAAAUCCAAGAUGAUGAGCCAAUUGAAAUCCAAGAUGAUGAACCAAUAGUCAUACAGGAUGAUGAGCCCAUUGUAAUCAAGGAUGAUGAUAAUGAAAGCCCAAACUGCAGUGCAGCUGAAGUGGAGGCGAGUUCAAGCAGCACUUACAGUGAAUCAGAGGAUAGAGCUCAGGCUUCUCAUGCAGCGAAAAAUGACCCAGCAACAUUUGCUAACAUGUCGCAUAAAAUUAACUGCUGCAUCAGAUUCCAGUUAAUCCGAGAAGUUCGGCGAUUUGGGAAAAUCUACGAUCGAAUCUUUAGUCUGCUUGAAGAUGUGCGUGGACCUCUCUCAGUCAAAAAGAAGUUUGUCCUUCUUACCAUCAGAGAGGCCAGAAAAUUAAAGAAGAUCUUCUUGGUUAAACAACUUGAGAUAUACCUUGAAGAUAUGAUUGCCUACCACCGCAAGAAAUGAAAUACGAAGAAACAAGUAAUUGUGCCAUAGCAUAAAGUAGUAGUAAACUGGCACAUCUCUCAGCUUUAAUAUGUAGUGAUAUUUUCCUGAAGCUUUCUUGUAUGCUUUGUUUAAACAAGUUGCCUUCCUAUAGCUUAAAAAAUCAGUAGAGCUCCUUUAUGUUACAGUUCUCAACUAAUGGAAGUUUGGCUCAAUUAUUAAAGUGUGGUUCAUUAAUAAAAUUUGGUUAA